AUGUUGAAUUAUAACAUAAAGUUUCUCAGUUGUGAUGAUUGUAUACAGUUAAAAAAUGGAGACUUUAAAACUUCUAAGUAUGAAACUAAGAAAAGAACUGAUGAAUCUAUCUAUGAUAGUGCCAAAAGAAGUUUUUGUGAGCGACGUUGCGGUUAUUGGAGAGCACCAAGACCUCGUCAAAUACGUCAACUGGAUGCUAAGCUUCGGGACAAGAGUAUAGUUGUUUGUGAAUGGACAACAGAAUCUCUUAUUACUAUUGUAUUCUCAAAUGGAGCCAUUGCAUACUUGACCAUAAAACCGGGAACGUUAGAUGUGCUCCAAAUUCUAUUUGAUAGAUAUUGUGUCGGAAAAUUAUCUGGCCAGACUGUCACAGGUGCAAUUAUCUCACAAUCACAUUUGGUAUUUACUCAUAGUGACCGAUUAGCUACUGUUAUAACUUAUGGUAAAAAUGUAGCCAACAUACCAUUUCGUAUAUCUGACAGAGAUCCUCAACUACAAACAAUAGAGCUUGGUGGUGCUCGUCGAAGUGAUAGGAAACUAUCAGCCUGUGACAGUAAGGGUAACCUUAAACUUCUUGUGUGGAGUACAUCAAGUAUAGAACUGGCACCUUGGAGCCCUGUGUUAGAAGACCAUGCCAAUUUGCACCUUUAUAAUGUCAAAGGUCAUCACAUCUCAUUAGCCGCUUACCAUCAACUGGAAAAUGAAACUUUGUUAACAGAACUAUCAUGCAAGGAAUUUGUUCAUAUUAUAGAACAAAAAACAUGUCAUAAGAAUGGGGUCAACCUGAAUUGGUUACGUUAUAAUGUGUCAAACAACAAUGAAAGACCCACAAAAUUGUCUUCCAUGCGAGAAAGCGAGACGCACGUAUCACUACCAGCUCCAGCGCGAACUGUACGACGUUCACCAUGUGAUCUAAAAAUCUUGGUAGCGUGCAUCGAUGGCUCAUUACAUGUCAUACACAAUGUCGUUGGUGUCACACAUUCUGUCCGAGCAGGAUUUAUAGCAACUGAAGUAUGGUGGGCAGGGGAUCUCAUAAUAGCUGCAGAAGAAGGCGGCAGAAUACAAUGUUUUGAUCGAGCAUUGUCUUUGCUUCAUCACCACACCAAAUGCUUUGACUUGGCUACUUAUUUGAGAGACCCUAAACGUAUGCAGAUAUUGGCAGCACAAAAAGCGAGAGCUGGUCCAAUAAUAUUUUUGACAUUUGCUGGAGGACCAUUAGCGCUGUUACAUAUUACACAUCCUCGUUUACUAACUUCUUGGUUACGUGCUGGCCGUUCUUCUAACGCGGUAUCUUUACUCCGUGCCCUAGAUUGGGAUGAAGACGGUAUGGAAUGUCUGUGGGCAGUCAAUAAGCUCGUUUGUUUCGCACUACGGAGUGGCACUGAAGCGUUGUCAGAAGAGGGAUGUGCACAAGCGGCUCUCGGUGCAUACUUGUGUCCUAGCGCGCCGCUACCGCCGGCCGCUGCACGGUACGCGCCACCCCUACACGACCUCGCCAGGAAGUUCUUCCAUCACCUAUUGAGGCGCGGUCGCAUAGAGAAGGCAUUAAGUCUGGCGGUGGACUUGCGCGCGUGGGAUCUAUUCGUGGACGCGCGUUGGUCCGCCUCUAGACGUGGACUCGCCAGUCUCGCGGAUGAGGCUACAGCCUUAUUGGAACACUACGCACCACUAGAUAGAGAAUCAGAUUGCUCCGACUCUUGCUCGCAGUGCAGUUCGCAUUCAUAUUCAGACGACACUAGCGUGUCCGACGGUAAAAUCAAACCCCCACCACUCCCCAGAGUAUCCCUACCAACAGUAAUGCCAGUUCCGAUAUCCCAAACCGAAUCUACCUCAACUAACAGCAUCCGCCCCAACCUCCACCAAUACUUAGAAAGGAACAACACUAUUUGGACAACGAAUGUAGACGAUGCGUACGUCAAAAUCACCAGUACCAGUAACGAUAGAAUAAAACCUAUAUUAUUAAAGACGCAAAACGUGAAAUGGGAACAUAUGUCUUUGAAUCAAAGACUCGGCACCUCCAUGCCCACUCUUGCUGUCAUCGACGAAUCUCCAAGCAAAUCGCUUUCAACAAUAGACGUUUUACCUAAACAAGAUCGGCUUAAUAUGCAAUUCAGAAACUUGUAUCAAACAGAGUUUCGAGAUCAAUCCAAUGUGUAUCGCUAUCAUAAUAAUAAUUAUCAUCAUAGCUGUGUGGAUACAUCCUCUAAGUACGAUAGUGGUGGUGAUAGAGGCCGAAUCGCUGAAAAGAACAAAGUCAAGUUUUCUGAUACUGUCACUAUUGCUGUCGUUGCGGAGCCACCAAUCUGUCCAGAGAGCGCGCGCGAAUUAGCCGAUAGUUUGCCACUUUGUCCGCCUCACAAAUAUCUGGCGGCAUUCGCGCCGCAUCCGCGGCAAGCUCAUUCGCAACCACAACAUCCGCAAUUGCCGCAUCCGCAAUUGCCGCAUCCGCAAUUGCCGCAUCCGCCACUGCCGCAUCCGUCCGCCGGUACUACGCUCGACUACGUCGAAGUGUGA